AUGGUGAUCAAUACCAUCGGCUUUGGGCUGGACUGCGAAAUCGAUAUUCAGAAGUCCAUCCAGAUGGUACGUGAGCAACGCUCAGGGCUGGUGCAGACGGAGGCACAGUACAAGUUUAUCUACAUGGCUGUCUCCCACUACAUCGAGACCACCAAGAGGAAGCUGGAUGAGAUGAAGAAAACAGAGACAGAAUACGGAAACCUGCACUUCCCAACGGCCCAGCACAGCAAAGCCAGCCGGAAAUCAUCAAAGAAUAAGGAGGAUGUGUAUGAGAACCUGAGUUUGAAGGGAGAGAAGAAGGGGGACAAGGUGAAGAAACAGAAAUCUGAGGAGAAAGAAAAAGCCAAGUCUGUAAAGAGUGGCUCUGUGCGCAAGAGAUAAGGUCAGUGGUGCAGCUGCAGGCCAGGGCAGCCAUCUUGGCUCAAUCUGUGCUCAAUUCAUACAGGAGGCCAAGGUGUUAGUUUCGUUGUUAUCAAAAGGCAUGGCCACCGACAGAGAACUGUGUGAAAUACUUUAUAAAAACUGCUGACUGGUAACAAAGAACUAGGUUUGACCCCAGUGGGCGUCCAUACAUUUCAUUUCAGUAUUGUCUGUUUAAAAUGAAAUGAAAGUUUUGAUAAUCUGUAAAAAAAAAAAAAGCCAACAGUGCCCUUGCCAGGUCCAGCAGGGAGUUUUUACUCACUGACACAGAUGGGUCUUAUUGCUGUUAUACAUCAUCAGAGGCUGGACGUGGCUCUACAUCACAGAGGAACCAAAGCUUAUCACAUCGUGUAUUCUCUUAUUUCAGGUGCUGCUGAAUUGAUGUGAUCGCUUUGCCUUUGAGAAAAACACACAGAGACACAGACGCACACACACUCAGAGACACACACACACACAAACAG